AAUUGUAGGUGGCGUUGAAGUAAAACGUAAACUAUUAUUACACGCAGAUCGGAGAAGCGUUAGUAAAAAGAAAAGCCACUCUUGUUUAUUUAUAUUACUUGAAGCCUAUUUUACUAACAUCUUAUUUAUAGCUUAUUAAAAUAUCGUCCAGGAACCUUUAAUUUGACUGUAUUUACACAUGGUGACAAUUGAUCCUCUGCUGACAGAAAAUCACAAUUAUUUUUAUUAUUUAUUUUCUGUUGUGUAGGAUGCUGUUUCAAGCUCAAAUGCUCUUAAGGACAGCACCAUGAAGUAUCCCACAGAAUCUCUGUUGAAUGUCACUUAUAAUUUUUGAACCAAAUACCUGUGAUCUGCUUAUUGGUCAGAUUUUUCAUUAGCAUUAAACAGGUAUGUAGCCAGUACUCGAAGGUAUUAAGAAAAAUAAAUGUUGGGAAAAAAAGCUUGAAGACAUUAUAAGGCUCCUGAAUUCAUUAAAAAAUUUUUCCAAAUAUGAUAAAAGACAUCCAUAGUUCUAAUUGCACUCAGUGCAAAAUACGUGAACAGUUUUAUGCUGAAUUCAAUAGUGACUGCAAAAAAAAUGUUCCCUAUUUAGGAAUAGUUUCUUACAUAAAUUAUUAUAUUUUUAUGAAUCUUUCUUCUGAAGAAUCUAAAAAAUUCUUAAAAGAUGGGAAAAAUGUAUGUCUUUUUCAACUUAAAAAUGAAUGGUCAUUUAAAGAAGGGAUGCAAAAACGUAUUGACCAGAAAAAGGAAUUGAUAGAACAGUAUUUUAAAGAGGACAAUGAACAACAAUUGACAAGUUUAAAAGAAAAGGAAGGCCCAGAAAUGCCUUUAUAUUCACCAGAACAUACAAGUAACUUAAUUACUAUAAAAAAAUCGGAAUCUUUCACUGAAUCAUCUCCAGAAGAUACUGUUUCCUCUAACAGUUUGAAAAAAACCAAAGAUAUUUAUAAACGUAAACUAAAAAGGAAAAGUCGAUCUAAAAAGAAAGUUGGUGCUCAUGUUUUAGGAAAAGGGAGAAAGAUAUUAUGCUUAAAACGGAAAGCAAAAUUGAAGGAUAUAGCUGGUGAGGAAGCUGCUAAGGAACCUAAAUUAGGUACAUUAAAGAGGAAGCGCUUUAAUUUCAGUAAAUUGAAACAAAGUGGAGUAUAUGAAGAUGAUUUAUUUGAAGAAACAAAGCUGAAGUGCUUAAGACUGGCUGGUAAUAAGGAACUGAGUAAUGAAAAGGACACUAUAAAAACUCCUAGAUGGAGCUUGCCAAUAUCUCCCAUAGAACCGAGUCAAUCCCCUAGUUUUGAAGAUUGCUUCAGUCCAUCUGAAUUUCAAAGCAUUCGGAAAGGUGCUGAAGUAUAUCAGUAUCGCCGAAGUAAAAGACAAAAGAAGCAGACUUCUAAAAAAGGAAAGGACUUGGAUACUCAGACAAAAACAGAUCCCGACACUGACAAAACGCUCCAAUCUGUCUGCAAGAUAUUGGAAGAAAUGGGGAAAAAAGACUCGGAUGGCGAUUCAGAUAAAGACGAUUAUUUUACAGAUGAAGAAGGUUAAAAAAUCUAAGGAGACACUCUCCUUCUAUUGUAUAUACUGUAAUUUUUUUUUACCUUUAAACUUAAUUUAUUGAUAAUAAAAUGAUUUUUUAAUAAAUGA